CCCUGAUUCUGUCCUCUUUCGAUUUUCUACAGAAAACCGCUCUCUCCGUCUCUCUCUCUAUACUUGUUACCAGUCCCGAUCAACGGAAGCCCUAAUUUUUUCAAUCAGAUCGCGGAAAUGGGAAGCACCCAAGCCGCCGUGUCGUUCCUGACGAACGUGGCUCGCGCCGCCUUCGGGCUCGGCGUCGGCGCCACCAUCCUCAACUCCUCCCUCUACACCGUCGACGGCGGCCAACGCGCCGUCCUCUUCGAUCGUUUCCGUGGAGUCAUUGACGACACCAUAGGCGAAGGGACCCACUUCCUCAUCCCAUGGCUCCAGAAGCCCUUCAUCUUCGACAUCCGCACCCGGCCCCACACCUUCGCCUCCAUUUCCGGCACGAAGGAUCUCCAGAUGGUCAAUCUCACCCUUAGGGUUCUCGCUCGCCCCGAGGUAUCCCGCCUCCCCGACAUCUUCAAAACCCUAGGUCUCGAGUACGACGAGAAGGUCCUCCCUUCGAUUGGCAACGAGGUUAUGAAGGCCGUCGUUGCGCAGUUCAACGCCGAUCAGCUCCUCACCGAUCGGCCUCACGUCUCCGCUCUCGUUCGCGAAUCCCUGAUUCGGAGGGCGAAGGACUUCAACAUCCUGCUCGACGAUGUGGCCAUCACACACCUAUCGUACAGCCCGGAGUUCUCGCGGGCGGUCGAGCAGAAGCAGGUGGCGCAGCAGGAGGCGGAGCGCUCCAAGUUCGUCGUGGCCAAGGCGGAGCAGGAGAGGAGGGCCGCCAUUAUUAGGGCUCAGGGAGAGAGCGAGUCUGCUAAGCUGAUCUCCGACGCCACCGCCUCUGCUGGCAUGGGCCUCAUUGAGCUCAGGAGGAUCGAGGCUUCGAGGGAAGUUGCCGCGACGCUCGCCAAGUCGCCCAACGUCGCCUACUUGCCUGGUGGAAACAACUUGCUCUUGGGUCUUAACGCCGGCCGUUGAAUUGGAUCUCAUUACAUCACAUAGGUGGCAAUAAUGGAUGGUGGAUUGGAACUUGAAAUUGGUUUAUUAGUAGCUUUUUACUUUUCUUUUUGAUCAUAUGUCGACUAAAACUUCUGAGUUAAUGAAGGUGUUCAUCUUGAUUCCGUGGAAGUUAAAACUUUGAAGAUGGAAUUGUCCUUUUGUUGAUUACUGUAUGAGCUGUAAGAUAAUAUUUUUCCAUCUAUCAACGGCCGAUAAGUGUCCUUUUUCUGGUUCUUAUCCGGCCCUCUUUUAUGGAUUAUGGCCA